CUAAAAAUUUCCGAAGAGGGGUGGAUCCGUUAUUUUUCUAUAUAAAAGAAAAUCCCACCCAUAAGCUCCAAACUCCAAGGUGAAAAUUACAGACUACAAAAAUGUUAGCACCAUUAUUACUCUUCAUCUUCCUCUUUCUUCUUCCAUUACUUUUCUUCAUCUUCAUCUUCACCAAGACUCCAAAUUCCCAUUUUACCCCUUCCAUUAAACUCCCCAGAUCAUACCCUUUAGUUGGUUCCUUCUUCGCCGUCUUCGCCAACCGGCACCGCCGUCUGCAGUGGCUCUCCGACGUCCUCCAAGUCUCCCCCGCCGCCACCUUCACUCUCCACCGUCUCUUCGGCCGACGCCAGAUUUUCACGGCGAAUCCCGCCGUCGUACAACACAUUUUGAAGACCCAAUUUCAUAUUUACCAAAAGGGAGAUUCGAUUCGCUCUCCUUUCAGUGAUUUUCUUGGCGACGGAAUCUUUAACGCCGACGGUGAGAGCUGGAAAUUUCAACGACAAGUUUCUAGCCAUGAGUUUACCACCAAAUCUCUACGGAAAUUCGUUGAGACCGUCGUCGACGCUGAGCUCUCCGACCGCCUUGUUCCGAUUCUGUACACGGCGGCGACGGAUUGCUCUGUUUUGGAUUUUCAGGAUGUUCUUCAACGAUUCGCUUUUGACAACGUUUGCAAGAUUGCUUUUGGGUAUGAUCCAGCUUACUUAUCACCAUCAUUUGGUCAAUCAAAGUUCGCAAAAGCAUUCGAAGAAGCAGUUAGAAUCAGCAGCCUUAGAUUCCAAUCUUUGCUUCCAAUUGUGUGGAAACUCAAAAAAUUUCUUGACAUUGGGUCAGAAAAACAACUCCGGAUCGCCAUAGCCGAAGUUCGAAGUUACGCCAAUAACAUCAUCAAAGACAAAAAAGCAGAGCUCAAAACCAAUUCUUCCAUCGCCGCCGUCGAUCUCCUCUCCCGCUUCCUCACCUCCGGCCACUCCGACCAAAAUUUCAUCACCGACAUAAUCAUUAGCUUCAUUUUAGCUGGACAGGACACAACUUCGGCGGCGCUAACUUGGUUCUUUUGGCUCUUAGCCAAAUACCCACAAGUUGAAAUUCGAAUUUUGGAAGAGAUUAGCCAAAAAACUGAGGAUUUGUUUAGUUAUGAUGAAGUUAAGGAUUUGACAUACACUCACGCUGCUCUGUGUGAGAGUAUGAGGUUAUAUCCGCCGGUGCCGAUGGACGGGAAGCAGACAGCGGCAGAUGACGUGUUACCGGAUGGGACGGUGGUGCGGAAGGGGGAGAGGGUGGCGUAUCAUCCCUAUGCGAUGGGGAGGAUGGAGACGAUUUGGGGGAAGGAUUGGGCGGAGUUUCGCCCUGAGCGGUGGUUGGAGAGAGGCAGCGCCGAUGAAGUGGCGACAGUGAAGUGGAGGUUUGUGGGGAGGGAUAAUUAUACGUAUCCAGUGUUUCAAGCGGGGCCGAGGAUUUGUUUGGGGAAGGAAAUGGCAUUUUUGCAGAUGAAGAGGAUGGUGGCCGGAAUUCUAAAAAGAUUUCGGGUGGUUCCAGCGGUGGCGGUGGGGGUGGAGCCGAGGUUUGUUCAAUACAUGACGGCGAAGAUGGAGGGCGGGUUUCCGGUGAGGAUUGAGGUACGGGAGGGAUUAGAAUAGUAGUACUCUUAAGAUUAAUAAGGAUAGAUAUAAUUUAAUAUGUUUUAUCACUAUAGACUUUAAAAUCUGAAUCUAAAUUUUAUUAUAUUUA